AUGAGAAAAUCUGAUUGGCUGUUGAUGUGGGUCCUCAUGUUUCCUUGGGGAGAAGAUUCCUCACGCGCAUAGACUGAGAUUAUACUCUACAAUAACACACCACCGAGGAGGAGACCACCAAAAAGUACUGAUGAUGAUAAAAUCACUGUGAUGCAAAUUGCCUUGUACUGCAUUUUCUCUCCUUGUUUUUUAGCCCUUUUAUGCGGUUGUGGUCUUUGUAAGAAGGAACACAAAGGGAACUUUCAUUCAACAGAGCCACAUCUUUCUUAAGAUUUAGAUUGCUUCACUCAAAGUCUAUAGUACAACACUACACAGACAGAGAAACCCAGAGUACCAAACUGGGUUCUUCUCGAAGAUUCUUUGCAAAAAAGUGAGUCGCUUUCGUUUUUUGAACUUUCUAUUAAUGUUCAAUCAAAACAAAUUUUUGUUGAACGAUGUUUCUGCGCCUCGGACAGAUUGGGUUUUUGGAUACUGGCGAAAGGAAUCUUUCCUGGAAGUUCCUCUUUUUGUUUUUCAUCUUUACUGUACUUUUGUGUUUCGGGUCAUGAUAGUGUUUGCAAUUCGGAUGUAAUAUAGGCUCUGUUAGAAGGGAAUUUGAAGCGUUUUUCGACAUGGAUGGUGAUGGUGGAUUUACACCAAAUUCUACAUUCGGGAACUUGUCUGAUGCUGCCAUGGAUUUGGAUUUUAUGGAUGAACUCUUGUUCGAAGGAUGCUGGUUAGAGACUAGCGAUGGAUUCAACUUUACGGAGCCUGGUCCUUCAUCAUCGAGUGGUCCGAAUGACCCUUCUCAGUGUUUGCCUGUAUCUGGGUCUAGUACUGUUCCUUUUACUAUAAACUCACAUCCAAUGCAUCAAGGAGAGACAGAAAGGAAUGUUCCUCCCCCUCCUUUACCCAAAAUUGAGGACCUUUCUAAAAGUCAAUCUCAAAACUGGGCGGCUGUUGGAACUGCUACUUCUUUAUCACAACCUGGAAGUUUUAUAGUUGAAGGCACUGAGUUGGGCAGUAGAUGGUGGAUAGGGCCAAGAGCAGAAUCCGGUUCUUCUUCAUCUGUGAAAGAGAGACUAAUGGAAGCUAUUGGAUAUUUGAAGGAAUGUACAAAAGAUAGGGAUGUUCUUAUCCAAAUCUGGGUGCCUGUAAAAAGAGAAGGCAAACAUGUGCUUACUACUGAAGGCCAGCCGUACUCUCUUAAUACAAAUUGCAAGAGUCUCGAAAUUUUUAGAGAUGUCUCCAAAUCCUAUAACUUCCCUGCCGAGGAGGAUUCAAAGGAAUCAGUGGGGUUGCCUGGCCGUGUAUAUUUGGGGAAGUUGCCUGAGUGGACACCUGAUGUUCGUUUCUUCAGAAGUGAUGAAUAUCCACGCAUUAAUUUUGCACAUAAGUACAAUGUUGGAGGAUCUCUUGCUCUUCCUGUUUUUGAACGAGGGAGUGGAACUUGCUUGGGUGUCGUUGAGAUUGUCACAACUACUCAAAAGAUCAAUUAUCGCCCUGAACUUGAACACGUUUGCAAAGCUCUUGAGGCUGUUGAUCUAAGGAGCUCACAUAACUUCUCUCCUCCUAGUGUUGAGGGUUACAACGAGUUGUAUCAAGCUGCAUUGCCUGAGAUAGUUGAGGUUCUAAGAUCUGUCUGCAAGACAUAUAAACUACCUUUGGCUCUAACAUGGGCUGCAUGCGUUAAUCAACGCAAAAGUGGAUGCCGACAUUCUGACGAGAACUUCUACCAUUGUGUUUCCACCGUGGAUGCUGCAUGCCUGGCUGAUGAAGGUUUUUGGGACUUCCUUGAGGCCUGCUCUGAGCACCACCUGUUCAGAGGCCAAGGAAUAGUUGGCAGAGCGUUCACAACAAACAAGCAAUGUUUUGUAACUGAUAUAACCGCCUUCAGUAAGACAAAUUAUCCACUCUCUCACCAUGCCAGGAUGUUUGGGUUGCGUGGCGCUGUAGCUAUCCCGCUACAAAGCAUUUUUAGUGGAUCAGUUGAAUUUGUUUUGGAGUUAUUCUUGCCAAAAGAUUGUCAUGACAGCGAAGAACAAAAGCAGAUGCUGAACUCAUUGUCCAGCUUUAUGCAGCAGGCUUGCCAGAGCUUGCAUGUAGUUGUGGACAAGGAGCUUGAGGAAGAAGUGAUACUGCCAGUUAAGGAAAUGGUAGUUGCUUCAGAUGGGAAAUCAGACAAAGAAGAAACUCAGUUUAGGAUUUCUUGUUUGAAAGAGAACUCUCCAGAAGAGUCAUCAUGGAUUGCCCACAUGAUGGAGGCCCAACAGAAGGGUAAAGGUGUCUCAGUCUCAUGGGAAUAUCAAAAAGAAGAACCAAAAGAAGAGUUCAGGGUGACAACCCAUUGGGAAGACACUCAGCUAGAGUUAUACAAUAAGCAGGUACUUUCAGAUUUCGGGCAGCUUCACCAAAAUGCUGGAACCAAAACUAGUGUCGAGGGAGGUGGUGGUGACUCCUCUUCUUCUGGCGGACAUCGACUAUUAGCUGGCAAAAAAGCAGGAGGGAAGAGACGAACCAAGAUGGAGAAGACAAUCAGCUUGCAGGUUCUUCGACAGUACUUUGCAGGGAGUCUUAAAGAUGCAGCUAAAAGUAUUGGUGUGUGCCCCACAACCCUGAAAAGGAUAUGCAGGCAACAUGGGAUCACUCGAUGGCCUUCUCGAAAAAUUAAGAAGGUUGGCCACUCUCUAAAAAAACUCCAACUUGUGAUUGACUCAGUCCAAGGUGCUGAGGGUGCUAUUCAAAUUGGGUCAUUCUACUCAAGCUUCCCCGAACUGAGCUCACCAAACUUUUCUGGCAAUGGUCCUUCUUCAUCAUUGAAGAUCAGUAAUCAUUCAAAGCCAUCAGAAACUCAACUUGAGAGCGGCAUGUUCAGCCAAGGAGCUGCUGCUCCAAAAUCUCCAUCUUCUUCAGGCAGCCAAAGUUCUGGUUCAAGUACCUGUUGCUCCACUGGAGCAAAACAGCAUAGUACCAGCAUCAAUGCCUUAGGUAGUGCGGAUGGGUUGACAGUGGAAGACCCUGGUGGGGCGCUAAAGAGAGCUCUCAGUGAUGUUGAAUUGCACGCCUUGAAUCAAGAGGAGCCAAAGCUUCUUGCAAGAUCCCAAAGCCAUAAAACAUUUGGAGAGCAUUCUAGUUUCGAGACUCUACCUCCAUUGCCAAGAAGUGGUGGCCAGAAUUUACGACCCGGGGGUGCCAUUAGGGUAAAAGCUACGUUCGGAGAAGUUAAGAUACGGUUCAGCUUGCAACCAAGUUGGGGUUUUAGAGACUUGCAACAAGAGAUUGCAAAGCGUUUUAAUAGAGAAGAUUUCAGCAAAAUCGAUCUCAAGUACUUGGACGAUGACAAUGAGUGGGUUCUUUUGACGUGUGAUGCUGACCUUGAGGAGUGUAUCGAUAUAUAUAAAUCAUCUCAAACCCACACAAUUAAAAUCUCCCUUCAUCCAGCAUCUCAUCCGAAUCUAGGAAGUUCAGUUGGUAGCACUGCCCCAUUAUAACACCAGGAUCAGUUUCCUUUGCCUUGUGGAGUCUGGGACUGAGAAGUAUACGUGUAUUUUUAGGAUUCUGGUGUAAGUAAUAUGAUGGCCCUAGCAGUUUCUUAGGAAUCAUAAGGUUUAUUUCCAUAUUAAUAUAACAAUUAUGCAAACUUAGUCAACAGAGGGAAUUGAGAUGCAUGAAUUUUAGACUCCCAUGCAAUAAAAAAUAAGCAAGUUGGCUAAGAUCAAUCACGGAAAUAACUUUGAGAGGAUUGAGAAAAGACUCCAUUGCUUGCUAUGCCAUCAUAUGUUUGUAUUUCAACAGUUUAAUUCAAGUGUUUUUAUUUUUCU